AUGAACCUAGUCGAAGUCAGUUUCAAAUAUUGUCGACGAAAAAAACAGCAGAGAUGGUGUUCAACUUUCGAGUGUUCAAGAAACAAUCCCCAAAUGGAAAACUCACCAUGUAUUUGGGCAAGAGGGAUUUCGUGGACCAUAUUUCAGGAGUUGAACCCAUUGACGGCGUGGUGGUGAUCGACAACGAAUACAAAGACCGAAAGAUCUUCGGCCAGGUGGUGUGCAGCUUCCGGUACGGCCGCGAGGAGGACGAGGUGAUGGGGCUGAACUUCCAGAAGGACCUGUUCCUGGCCUCGGCGCAGGUGUAUCCGCCCGAGAAGGGGGCCCACGCCAACUCGCGCCUGCAGGACCGGCUGACGAAGAAGUUGGGGGAGAACUGCUACCCGUUCACGUUCGCGCUGCCACCUAGCGCGCCGGCUUCGGUCACCCUUCAGCCAGGGCAGACAGACGAGGGGCAACCCUGCGGCGUCCAGUACUACGUGAAGUUGUUCGUGGGAGAGAGCGAGACCGACCGCACCCACAAGAGAGGUGCGGUUACCAUGGCGAUCAGGAAGGUGCAGUACGCGCCCUCCAAGCAGGGCAGGCAGCCCUGCACGGUCGUGCGCAAGGAUUUCAUGAUGAGUCCGGGGGAGCUCGAGUUGGAGGUCACGUUGGACAAACAGUUAUAUCAUCAUGGAGAAAAGAUUGCAGUGAACAUCUGUAUUCGAAAUAAUAGUAACAAAGUGGUGAAGAAAAUAAAAGCAAUGAUACAACAAGGCGUAGAUGUCGUAUUAUUCCAAAAUGGCCAAUAUCGGACUUCGGUAGCAAGCAUCGAAACUCAAGAAGGAUGUCCGAUUCAGCCUGGAUCUUGCCUACAAAAAGUGGUUUACUUGCUUCCACUGUUAUCAUCGAAUAAGGAUCGUAGAGGGAUUGCAUUAGAUGGCCAACUGAAGAAAGAAGAUACCCACUUGGCCUCAACAACAUUAUUGUCGUCACCUGAUCAACGUGAUGCAUUUGGCAUCGUUGUAUCUUACGCAGUAAAAGUUAAACUUUACCUAGGAGCGCUUGGAGGGGAGUUAGCUGCAGAACUUCCGUUUGUUUUGAUGCAUCCUAAGCCUGAUUCAAAAGGAAAAUUCAUACAUGCUGAUAGCCAAGCCGAAGUGGAGACAUUUCGACAAGACACCAUCGACCUCGAAAGCAUGGACCAAGACAUUGAAGACAAAUUUGAUUAA